AUGGCCCUGUUCGAUCGGAAUCAGAAGCAGCGUUCGUCGCUCUUCUCGACGGCGACCAUCGCUCUGUUCGUGGCGCUCUGCCUCGUCGGAUUCUGGAUGGUAUCCUCGCCGUCGCCGGAGGCCGUCCCUGCGGCCACGGCGACGGCGGCCGACAUUAACAAAGCGGCGGCGGAGGUCGUCGUCAAGGACAAGGAGGAGGACAGCUCGAUCGACGCCACCAAUAAUUUCAAGCAGGAUAGUACCAACGUCGUCGCCGAGGCCACGACGGCCGCCACGGAGGUCGAGAAGCCCCCCGUCGACGCCAAGGGCGUUGAGGGCGACGGCGAGAAGUUGGCGUCCAAGAACCAGUCGUUUGACGACGAGAACGGGAGGACGGAGGGCGGGGAGCUCGUGAAGCCGGAGACCGCCGAGACGGACGGCGCCGCCGCUGCUGCCGCCGCGGUGGCGGCUUCCCAGGGGAAGAGCGUGGAUGACACGGUGACGGACGCGAAGGAGCAGGCGGCGACAGACACAAAGGAGAGCGUGGGUCAGGACUCGAAGACGUCGGGUGACACGAAGGAGAGCUUGGCCGUCAGCCAGGAGGACACAGCGGCAGGCGACGCGAAGGAGACGUCGUCGAAGAAGCAGACGUUCGACGACGAGAACGGCAAGAUGGAAGGCGUGGACAUGGUGAAGGAUGAUGGAAACAAGACGUUCAUCUCGGACGACGUCGUAAACGUCAAACCAAUUGCCGACGACACGACGUCCGUGACCACCACCACCACAGACAAGACAGAGGCGGUUGUUCCGACCGAAACGGCCACCGCGACGGCACUCGAGGAGACGACCAAGACGUCGGACAAUGAAGAGCAACCGCAACCACGGGACGAGGAGCAGAAGCUUCUUCCAGAGGCGCUGCCGAACGGCCAGGCGGAGCUGCUGACGGAGCGGGCGGCCCAGAACGGGUCGUUCACGACGCAGGCGGCGGAGUCGACGAACGAGCAGAAGAAGCGCGCCGAGCGGAAAAAGAAGCAGAAGAAGAAUAAGAAAGCGGCAGGCAAGGCUGAUCAGGCGGAAGCGGCGUCGCCGUCGUACGUGUGGAAGCUGUGCAACACGAGCACCGGCGAGGACUACAUCCCGUGCCUGGACAACGAGGCGGCCAUCAGGAAGCUCAAGACGGACAAGCACUACGAGCACCGCGAGCGGCACUGCCCCGCCGACCCGCCCACCUGCCUCGUCCCGGCGCCUUCGUCCUACCGUGACCCCAUCCGGUGGCCGCACAGCCGCGAUAAGAUCUGGUACCACAACGUGCCGCACACCAAGCUGGCGGACUACAAGGGACACCAGAACUGGGUUAAGCUCUCCGGCGAACACCUCACGUUCCCGGGCGGAGGCACGCAGUUCAAGACGGGUGGUGCGCUGCAUUACAUCGAUCUGAUCCAGCAGGCGCUGCCAGAGGUGGCGUGGGGACGACGGAGCCGGGUGGUUCUGGACGUCGGGUGCGGCGUGGCGAGCUUCGGCGGGUACCUGUUCGACCGCGGCGCGCUGGCCAUGUCGUUCGCGCCCAAGGACGAGCACGAGGCGCAGGUGCAGUUCGCGCUGGAGCGCGGCAUCCCGGCCAUCUCCGCCGUCAUGGGAACCAAGCGGCUCCCUUUCCCCAGCAACGUGUUCGACGUUGUCCACUGCGCGCGGUGCCGCGUGCCCUGGCACAUCGACGGCGGCAAGCUCCUCCUCGAGCUCAACCGCCUCCUCCGCCCGGGCGGCCUGUUCGUCUGGUCCGCCACUCCCGUGUACCAGAAGCUCCCCGAAGACGUGGAGAUCUGGGACGACAUGGUGAAGCUGACCACGGCGAUGUGCUGGCAGAUUGUGGCGAAGACCAAGGACACCAUCGACGCAGUCGGGCUCGUCAUCUUCCGGAAGCCGGUGAACAACCAUUGCUACGACUCUCGGCAGCAGGACGAACAGCCCCCUCUCUGCGAGCCCUCCGACGACCCGAACGCGGCGUGGAACAUCUCGCUGCGGGCGUGCAUGCACCGUGUCCCCACUGACGCGUCCGUGCGCGGGUCGCGGUGGCCGGAGAAGUGGCCGGCAAGGGCGGAGAAGGUGCCCUACUGGCUCAACAGCACCCAGGUGGGCGUGUACGGGAAGCCGGCGCCGGAGGACUUCGCGUCGGACUACCAGCACUGGAAGAAGGUGGUCCGGAACUCGUACCUCGCCGGCAUGGGCAUCGACUGGAACACCGUCCGGAACGUGAUGGACAUGCGGGCCGUGUACGGAGGGCUCGCGGCGGCGCUCAGGGACAUGGACGUGUGGGUGAUGAACACGGUGAACAUCGACUCGCCGGACACGCUGCCGGUGAUCUACGAGAGGGGUUUGUUCGGGAUCUACCACGACUGGUGCGAGUCGUUCAGCACGUACCCGCGGUCCUACGACCUCCUCCAUGCCGACCACCUCUUCUCCAAGCUCAAAGCCAGGUGCAAGGUUUUGCCGGUGAUCGUGGAGGUGGACAGGAUCCUGAGGCCGAACGGGAAGCUGAUCGUGCGGGACGACAAGGAGACGGUGGACGAGAUCGUGGAGGUGGUGAGGUCGAUGCACUGGGAGGUGAGGAUGACGGUGUCCAAGCGCAAGGAGGCCAUGCUCUGCGCAAGGAAGACCAUGUGGCGGCCCACGGAAGUGGUGGAAUCGCCGGCCAGAAGAUUUAACAGCUAG